UUUGAUCUAUCAAUUUUGAAUCGAUUUUUGCACACCCCUACUUAAUUUCCUCCUCAACCCGACCCGACCCAAAUAAGAGGAGAUCCGGCCUAUAUAUAGAUAGCAAAGCAGGCGCAAUUCCCCCAUUAGUUCAAAAUUUGUUCACUUAAUUAGCUGAAAAACCCUUGGUAGAAUCUCAGAGAUGUGGCCGAGUGCAGAAGGAGGACCACCAGAGGUCACUCUAGAAACUUCCAUGGGUCCUAUUACAUUUGAGAUGUAUUACAAGCAUGCUCCAAGAACGUGCCGGAAUUUCAUAGAACUUGCUCGAAGAGGUUACUAUAAUGAUGUCAAGUUUCACAGAAUCAUUAAGGAUUUUAUUGUUCAAGGUGGAGAUCCUACUGGUACCGGAAGAGGUGGAGAAUCUAUCUAUGGCCAGAAGUUUGAUGACGAGAUAAACCCACAGCUAAAGCAUACAGGAGCAGGUAUCAUAUCCAUGGCUAAUGCUGGACCAAAUACGAAUGGAAGUCAAUUCUUCAUCACCUUGGCACCUGCACAGUCACUUGAUGGAAAACAUACUAUUUUUGGAAGGGUUUGUCGGGGAAUGGAAAUUGUCAAGAGACUUGGUAGUGUGCAAACUGAUAAUACUGACAGACCAAUCCAUGAUGUGAAGAUAUUGAGGACUACUGUCAAAGAUUGAUAAUCUGCAUCUUAUCAAAAACAAUUGUUACAUUAGCUAGAGCAUCCAAGGGAUAGUAUUGUAUUUUAAUGUUGUUAUCACAACCAAGAUCCAUUCUAUCUUCUGUUUUCUAAGUGAGAAAAACUGAUGUGGCAAUGUGGAUACUAAUUUUGUGUAAACCAAAAUGAUAUUGGAGAAUCACAAUUGCCUGACAAACCAAAUGGAACAGCAUUGUCACAUGGUUUGUAAGCCUACUCUAGAGAAAAUGACAAAAGCCAGUAGGGCCUCAAGAAGUAUCAUCUAAACAAUUUGCUAUUUUGUGUCACUGGCACUUUUCAACUGUCUUUUGAUAUCAAAGACACUUUUAACUA